AUGCCUUUCACUCCCGUAUACGACACCCAAGACUUUAGCGAUCUUGGCACCUUUGGACUCGACCACCCAGAUUACUGUUCACUCUCCUCAGCACCAGUCUCAUGCAUCACAUACUACCCUCAACCAAAAGAGGUCGACUGCUUUGCUUCUGAAUUCCUAUCUGCAAAGACUUUCACCGAGCUUCUCGCCGGUAGCAACGAACCGGUCAUCAAUGAAUAUGACUACCAUCAGUGUGCUGCCGUCUCUUCGCCAGAGAGUGACUGUGCCUUCAUGGACGAUUCAAAGAUAAAACACGAAUACUGUGAUUAUAAUAAUUGGGAAUUAUAUAAUAACAUACCACGCACAACUGACACUGCUGAUUUAGUAUGUAAUCCGGCGAGCAUCACCACCACCACACUGACACCAAUUGCCUCGCCACACGAUCAAUCACCCAUCAUGCAUCCGUCAAUGUUGCCCGCAUCGCUGAUGGAAGACGAGCAAGAGGUUUCUGCCGACGUAUUAAACACACAGGUAGUAUCAACAGACCAGCAACAGCAACAGGACUACCGACCUCUUGUAGUGACACCUCCGCAAACCCCCGCGAGGAGCAGAGGCAGGAGAAUGUCGACCAGGCCGGCCAAGCCAGGUACCAAAUGCUUUGAAUGCAAUUAUGCUGGAUGCGGAAAAGUGUUCAAGAGAUCUGAACAUCUCAAGCGACAUGUGCGAUCGAUACAUACCCUCGAGCGACGUAAGUAG